AUGUCCCUACUGGGGUUCCUCUUCAUGCUACAUCUUCUGUGGCUGCUGGUCCAGGCGGCUCAGCCUUCAGGGUCAGCCCUGGACUCAGUCCAGCUGACCUCCGACCCCCCAGGACCCGCUGAGACCUGGUCUUUGCCCUCCCCCCGUCUCCCACCUGCAUCGCCCCGUGCACUUACACCCCCACCCGACUACCUGGCGUCCUCGGCUCCGGGCCACAUGUUGGCUCGACCUCAGGACAUCACCGAGACUUUGGUUCCACUCCCGGACACGGAUUCAGCUCUAGAGCUGCCCGCAAGGACCGCUCAGUUUGCGCUUCCACUUCCGGAUGUGAAUGGCAACCGAACUCGGCACGAAAAGCUCCCGGAGGCGGGUCCAAUGCUACACUGGCUACAGAAGGAGGCCCUAGCCAUGCCUCCUCAACUCAAAAAACUAUCUCCAGCCCAGCAGGAGGACCCACAUCAUCCUUUGGACACCCCUGAGGAGAAUGAACCUCCUCUUGUCCAGCAGGUGGCCCCAGCACAGCCCUCCAAGACCCCUGAGGAGGCGGAACCUCCUGCAGUCCAGCCAGAGGCCCCAGCUGAACCUCCAGAGCCACAAAAGGAGGUUGUAGAUCAAUCACCAGAACAUCUGGCAGCUCAGCAUUCAAACUUGCCCAUCACACAUAAACAUAUAGAUCUAGAACUUACCAUAACUCCAGAAGCCACUAAGGUUGGAACUUCUCCAAUAGAGCAGGGGGCCCCAGCUCAGCUUCCAGAGCCCAUUGAAGAGGGUGAGGCUCCUCCAGUACAGCAGGAAGGACAAGCACAACAACCAGAGCCCUCUGAGUAUGUCAGCAUUUCACCAAGCCAGCAGGAGGCCCCAGCUCAGCCUCCAGAGCCCACUGAAGAGGUCGGAACUGCUCCAGGUCAGCAAGAGGAGCCAGCUCAGCCUCCAAAGCCCCCUGAGAAAGGUGAACAUACUCCAUUCCAGCAGGAAACAUCAGCUCAGCCUGCAGAGCCCCCUGAACAGGUUGAACCUGCCCCAGUUCAGCAGGAGGACUCAGCUGAGUCCUCAGAGCUGCCUGAAGAGGUUGAACCUUCUCCAGUCAAGCAGGAGAGUAUUGGUCCAGAGGCCCCUAUGGGGGUUAUAACUCAAGCUCCAGGUCAGGAUACAGCUCAUUACACAAACUUGCCAAAUGAUGCUUUUGGAACUGGGGAUCUACUGGUUACUAUAACUCCACAGCCCACUAAGGAGGUUGAACCCUCUCCAAAUCAACAGGGGGAGCAAGCUCAGCCUCCAGAGCCUACUGGAGAGUUGGAGUCACCUCCAAUCCAGCAGGAGGCACAACCUCACCCUCUAGAACCUCCUGAAGAAGGUGAAUAUCCACCAUUCCAGCAGGAUUCCCCAACUGAGCCUACAGAGCACACUGAGGAGCUCAAGCCUCCUCUUGUCCAGCCGGAGACCACAUUACAGCCUUCAAUGCCCUCUAAUGAGGUUGCAGCUCACCCUGAAGUGCAUGAUGAGGUGACAGUUUACCCACCAGGUCUGCAUCAACCUCAGCAUUUAGAAUUGCCCAAUGUUACUGUUAAGCCUGUGGAUCUAGAGCUUACAGUAACUCCUGUAGCCACUACAGAGGUUGGACCUUCUACAACCCAGCAGGAAGCCCCAGCUCAGCCACCAGUGCCUCCUGGGGAGAGUGAACCUGCCCCCACUAAGGAAGUUGAACCAUCUUCAAUUCAGCAGGAGGCUUCAGCUCAUACUUCAGAGCCCAUUGAGGAGACUGCACCCUCUCCAAACCAGCAAGAGGCCCCAGCUCAGCUUCCAGAGCCUCCUGAGAAAGUUGAACUUUCUGCAAAUCAGCAGGCAGCCCAGGCUCAGUCUACAAAGCCCCCAUUGGAGGGUGAGCCUUAUCCAGCACUUCAGGGGCCCCCAGUUCAGUCUCAAGAGCCUACUAAUGUUGAACCUCCUCCACCCCAACAGGAAUCCCCAAUUCAGCUUCAAGAGCCUGCCACAGAGGGUGUUGUUCAGCCUCCAAUCCUUCAUGAGGUGACAGUUUCUCCCCCAGAUGAAGCUCAGCAUCUACAGUUCUCCAAUGUCACGAUUAAACCAGUGGAUCCGGAGCUUACCAUAACAACAGAGGUGCCAGGUCAGCCUCCAGAGCCCCCUAAGGAGUUUGAACCAUCUCCGGUCCAGCAGGAGUUGCCACCUCAGAUUUCAGAGCCCUCUAAAGAUGUUGAACCUCCACAGUUCCAGCAGCAGUACCCAGCUCCACCUAUAGAACCCUUUGAAGAGGUCAAACCUUCUCCAGUCCAGCUGGAGGCUCCAGCUCAGACCACACAGCCCCCUGGGGAGGUAGAAUCUCUUCCAGUACAGCAGGAGACCCCAGUUCAGCCAUCAGAGCCUGCUAUGGAAGGUGUAGCUCAGAGUGAGGCUCAGUAUCCAGUAUUGCCCAGUUCCACAGUUAAACCUGUAGAUCUGGAGCUUACUAUAACCCCAGAGACCAUUACAGAGGUUGAACCUUCUGCAGUCCAACAAGAAGUUGGCAUUGCUCAGCUUCCAGAGCCCCAUAAGGAGGUUGAACUUUCUCCAGGCCAGCAGGAAGCCCCAGCUCUGCCUCCAGAGACCACUGAGAAGGUAGAACUUUCUCCACCUCAGGUAACCUCAGUUCUACCUCCAGAACCCUCUAAGGAGGUUGAACCUUCUCCAGUGCAGCAGGAGGCAACAGCUCAGCCUCUAGAGCCUGCUAAGGAGGUGGAACCCUCUUCAGUUCUGCAGGAGGCCCCAGGUCACACUCCAGAGCCCACUGAGAAAGAGGAAGUAUUUCCCAUUAAACAAGUGUCCCCAGCUCAGCCUCCAGAGCCUCCUCAAGAGGUUAUAGUUCAACCUCCAGCAUAUCACAAGGAGACAGUUCCACCUCCAAAUCAGGAUCAAACUCAGCAUUCAAACUUGUCCAUUGUCACAGUUAAACCUGUGGACCUGGAGCUUACCAUAACUCCGGAACCAACUACAGAGUUUGAACAAUUUACUGCUCCACAGGAGACAACGGCUCCAUCUCCAGAGCUCCCUGCAGUGACACCUCCACUUCCAGACCAAGUUCAGGCUCAGCUUCCAAACCUGACUGAAGUCACAAUUAAACCUGUGGACCUUGAGCUUACCAUAAGUCCAGAAGCAACUACAGAGAUUGAACAAUUUGCUGCCCUACAGGAGACUACAGUUCCAUUUCCAAAGCUCCCUGAGGUGACAUCUCCACCCCCAAACCAAAUUCAGGCUCAGCAUCCAAACCUGACUGAAGUCACAGUUCAACCUGUGGACCUGGAGCUCACCCUAAGUACAGAACUCAACACCGAAGUUGGACCUUCAACCAUGCUGGAGAUCACUACUCAGUCUCCAGAGCCACCGAAGGAGGUUAUAGCUCAACUUCCAGUGUAUCAUGAGGUGACAGUUCCACCCCCAAGUCAGGAUCAAGUUCAGCAUUUAAACUUGCCCAGUGUCACACUUAAACCUGUAGGGUUCUACAGUGAACCCACAAUGGAGGUUGAACAUGCUGUUGCUCAGGAGACCACAGCUCCUCCUCCAACACACCCUCAGGUGACACUUUCACCUGCAGACCAGAUUCAGUCUCAGCAUCCAAGCCUGACAGAAAUUACAGUUAAACCUGGGAAUCUGGAGCUUACCAUAACUCCAAAACCUAAUGUGGUGGUUGAACCUUCUCCAACCAAGCAGGAGUCUCCAACUCAGCCUCCAACACCACGUAAGGAAGUUGUAGCUCAAUCUCCAACACAUCAUGAGGUGACAGUCCUACCUUCAGAUCAGGAUCAAAUUCAGCAUUCAAACUUGCCCAGUGCCACAAUUAAACCCAUGGACCAGGAGAUCACCAUAACUCCGGAACCCAAUACGGAGGUUGAAUCUUCUCCAACCAAGCAGGAGUCUCCAACUCAGCCUCCAACACCACGUAAGAAAGUUGUAGCUCAAUCUCCAGCACAUCAUGAGGUGACAGGCCUACCUUCAGAUCAGGAUCAAAUUCAGCAUUCAAACUUGCCCAGUGCCACAAGUAAACCCAUGGACCAGGAGGUCACCAUAACUCUGGAACCCAAUACGGAGGUUGAACCUUCUCCAACCAAGCAGGAGUCUCCAUCUCAGCCUUCAACACCACGUAAGGAAGUUGUAGCUCAAUCUCCAGUACAUCAUGUGGUGACAGUUCCACCUUCAGAUCAGGAUCAAGUUCAGCAUUCAAAAUUGCCCAGUGUCACACGUAAACCUGUAGACCUGGAGGUCCCCAUAACUCCAGAAUUCACAACGGAGGCUGAACAUUCGACUACAGCUCCAUCUCCAAAGCAGCCCAAGGAAACACUUCCACCACCAGAUGAGUUUUGGGAUUUGCAACCAAACCUGACUAAAGUCGUACCUCAACCUUCAGUUAUAGAGCAUUCCAUAACUCAGCCCCCAAAGUCAUCUGAAGCAGGCACUGUUCCUCCAUCUACUCCAUCUUCAGUGAGGCCAUCUGUAAAUUAUCCUCCAGAAAAGCUGCUCACAGGCUUACCUGAGCAACAGCUACAGGCUCUCAGUGCAGAAAACAUGCACACGAGUUCAACUGUCCAACGGGAACAGAUGGACUUCCCAGAUUACUCCUCAGAAGAGGCACAGAAGGGUUUCCCUGUGCAAGGGGGACAGACUGUCACUGCAGGUUACCCACUAGAAAAGAAGCGGACAGGUUUAACUGUGCAACAGGAACACUCUCCUAUUGCAGAUUACACCCCAAAAAAGGCACGUAUGGGUUUAGCUACACGACAGAAACAGAAUGUCACCAAGACCAUCGACAUAUGUGAGCUCUGUACCUGCAAAGAUGAGACACUGUCCUGUUCUGGUCUGAGCCCACGGCAGAGGCUGCAUAGAAUCCCUGUGCCAGAGCCCAACACCUACAAUGGCACCUUCACCAUCUUAAAUUUCCAAGGAAGCUCUAUUUCUUACAUUGAUGAAAAUAUAUGGAAGGCAUACCGCUGGACCGAGAAACUAAUUCUCAGUGACAAUUAUUUGAGCGAAUUACAUAAGGAUACAUUUGAAGGCCUGCUAUCCCUCCAAUAUUUAGAUGUAUCCUGCAAUAAAAUACAGUCUAUUGAAAGACGCACAUUUGAACCAGUACCUUUUUUGCAGUUUGUAAAUCUUGGUUGCAAUUUACUCACAGAACUCAGCUUUGGAACAUUUCAGGCUUGGCAUGGAAUGCAGUUUUUACACAAGUUAAUUCUCAAUCGUAAUCCUCUGACAGCUGUUGAAGAUUCAUAUCUUUUUAAAUUGCCAGCAUUAAAAUAUUUAGAUAUGGGAACAACACAAGUGUCACUUACAACAGUUGAGAACAUCCUCAUGAUGACACUCGAGUUGGAAAAAUUUCUAUCGUUAUUAAAAGUAGUCUCUUCUGUUUUGGCAGAUGAGGAAGCAUCUCUAGCAGAUGCGGAAGGAGCGUUCAUGCAGGCAUUACAAGCUCGGAAGAAGAACACCAGCACUGAGCUGACUAUUGAGCCAGAGAAACCAAAUGCAGACCAAAAUGGCGUCAGUUUGUCAACUUUCCCGGGUGAUAAAUUUGAAACUCAGCUAAACCAGCAGCUACGGUCUCUCAUCCCUAACAACGAUGUGAGAAGGCUCAUUUCUCAUGUUAUCCGGACUUUGAAAAUGGACUGCUCUGAGCCCCGUGUUCAACUGGCCUGUGCAAAGCUCAUCUCCAGAACAGGCCUCCUGAUGAAGCUUCUCAGUGAGCAGCAGGAAGUAAAGGUGUCCAAGGCAGAGUGGGAUACAGACCAGUGGAAAACUGAGAACUACAUCAAUGAGAGCACAGAAGUCCAGAGUGAACAAAAAGAGCAAGGGUCCAGGGAGCUCACAAAGGAGGUUCCAGGAUAUGGCUAUAGCAACAAACUCAUCUUGGCAAUAGCUGUCACUGUGGUAGUGAUGAUUUUGAUUAUAAUUUUCUGUCUCAUUGAGAUUUAUUCUCAUAAACUAGCAUCAGAAGAAGAUGUAGAAAAAGCCCAAAGGGUGUCCAGCACCUCAGCAGAGAAGACUACGGGGACUAGAGAGACGACCGAAGAGCCGGGUGAGGAGAGUGAGACAGCGGAGGAGACCACCACCGAGUGA